GGGGGCUAUUAAGACUGAUAAAGGUCUCUAAAUCGUGCAUAUUGAAGCAUCGGCCAGGAGACUCUCUCGAUCACCAAUUCAGCCCGCACUGCCACAGUCCAAUACAUGCACAUGCACCACAGCUAAUCGUUUCCCACUCCUUACAUCUCGCGUACGAUAAACGAACGUAUGUCGUGUCAACAAUUAUACUUGAGAGGGACGCAGCAGGAGGCAAUGUGAUCAUCCGUCACACUAGAACCCUGAAACUGAGCAUCGAAGGCGAGACGAAAGCCCUACAUCUCACCAAAAACCUCACGACUGUACGAGACAUCACGAGGCGGUAACAUGUGUGAGGAUGUAUGCUCAAGACCUAAGUCCCCAAAGACUCCCGUGAAAGAAAUUUCAAGAUCGUCAGCGUCGGCAUCGUCGUCGGCAUCAUCCAUGAUUUUCUCCUAUAUCCAUCGUCCUAUAUCCCUUCCCGCCAAAGCCGAUACUUUUUCGAUGAGGUCAGCCAGGCGGAUGUGGUCAGACGGACGAAGACCCGGGCUUAUUCGGACGAAGGACCAGACUAGACCAAACAAGAGCACUCGUGAUCCCAAGAAGAGAAAAAUGGACUUGUACGUCAAACGGCGACGAGAUGGUCGGUGUGCGAUCGAGCUAGGAGACAAGGAUAAUAGGAUUCUCGUUUCGACGGUGGUGCAGGACGGCGAGAUGAGAGAGGAAACUGGAGGGGAUGCCUUGUCCUUGAGGAGAGAGCGGGAGAGCGAGGACAUGGAGACAGGAGACAGGAGAAAUCGGGAAAGAAAAAUUGGAAAGAAGGAAAAUCAAUUGGGGGAGGAGGUAUCAUAAUCAUUCAUCGUCGAGAAUUCAAUAAACCCAUCAACGGAAAAACCCCCCUAGCAUGAGGGAGAAAUAAAUCCAAAACAAAAUCCAGACACCGAUUCCGCUU